AUGAGUUUGAUCACAAAGAUACCAACAACGUUAUAUUCUCUAGCAGCGCGUUUAAAUCUUAAUUUCACAAAUCAAACUUUGCUUCUACAAGCCGUCACUCAUAAAAAUUUCCAUGAAAAUGAUUUAUCAACAAACGAAGGCUUGCAGGUGCUGGGAAAUCAUGCGCUCGGCCUGUAUGUUACCGAAUAUUUACACCUCAAAUAUCCUCUUCUGCCGUUGCCGUGUUUACAACAAGCCGUUACGGCUUACUGUGGUCACUUAACUUUAACAGUUGUAGGACAAGAAGUUGGUUUACAGUAUGUAGUUAGGUGGAACAAUUUUACAGAUGAAGAGUUAUUCCUUCAAGGUAAAGAAAUCCCAAAGAAAACCAAAUCUGUUGGUAAGUCUAGGGAACCUGCACAAAGGAUUACACAAGGCACUGCAAUAUCACAUGCCCUUAAGGCUAUUGUUGGCGCCUUAUAUAUAGACAAAGGUCCACAAUCAGCACGACAAUUUAUUCAUGACCAUAUAUUAUCUAGAGAUGUUAACAUGCAAAACGUCAUUGAAAUUAAAGAACCAAAAAGAGAAUUAUCAGCGUUGAUGAAGCGAUUAAGCAGACCAUCACCGAUUUCUAGAUUAAAGUCCGAAACUGGUCGUUUAUCAUAUGCACCUGCAUUUGUUGUUGGUGUAUAUUCGGGUACAGAACAAUUAGGUGAAGGAUUUGGAAGUAGUAUUAAGAUGGCCGAAUUCAGAGCCGGUAGAAAUGCUUUGUUGCACUAUUAUCUGAAAGAGGUCAAAGACUUUACCUUACCAUCCAUAAUCGAUUCGCAAGAAAAGCAGACCACAUAUAUACCAACAAAAAUUGGAGAUACACCUCCAAGACUUUGA